AUGGAUGCAGCCAUUGCUUUAAUGCUCAUAGAAGCUGUAUUGAUUUUGUUGGCCAUAGCAAUUUCUAAAGCUAUCAGAUUAAUCUCUCCACAUGAUGAUGGUUGUAAAGAUGUUGUUGAUACGAUUCCCACGGGGUCUUUUCAUGCCAUUGUUGCUCCUCCUGCUACCCGGUAUGAUGUCUUUCUUAGCUUUAGAGGGGAAGACACUUGUGACGCUUUCUCAAGUUAUCUAUAUGAAAACAUUCAAACUUUUAUGGAUCACACGCUCCACAAAGGAGAGCAUAUCUCACCACUUCUUUUGAAAACAAUAGAGGAAUCAGAGAUAUCUGUUGUUAUUUUCUCCAAAGAUUAUGCUUCUUCAAUAUGGUGUAUGGAUGAGGUUGUUCAUAUUAUCAAAUGUAAGGAUAAAUACCAAAGGCUCGACAUCCCUAUUUUCUACCACGUAGAUCCAUCAAAUAUUCGCAAACAAAAUGCAAGUUUUGGAGAUGGAUUUGCUAAGCUGAAACAGAGAUUUAAGCACAAACAAGUAAAAGUGCAGGAGUGGAAAACUGCUUUGAUCCAAUCAACAAAUCUCUCUGGGUGGGAUUCAAAGAAUAUCAGGCCUGAAUCCAAACUUAUUAAAAAGAUUGUCAAAGAUAUUUUGAGCAAAUUGAACAGCAAGUCAUCCUUUCAUUUUGAAGGAUUAGUUGGGAUUGAUCAUCACAUUCUGAAAAAUAAAGAGCUAUUAAGUGAAGCUUGCAUUGUGGGAAUAUGGUGUAUGGGUGGUAUAGGUAAGACAACUCUUGCUAGAGCUGUAUUUCAUAAGCUGAAAGCACAGUUUGAAGCUCUCUCCUUUGUUAAAAAUCAAUUUCCAAAUUUAAAGAAGAUUGAUCUAAGUCACUCCAAACAUCUCAUGGCACUUCCUGAUCUAUCUGGGGCCCCAAAUAUUGAAACGUUAGGCGUAGAUGUUUGUGUCAAUUUGGAUCAAAUCCAUUCUUCAACUGUCCUGGGCAAGCUUACCAACUUGACUCUUGAGUCUUGCGAAAGGUCACGGCACAUGAACUUUGGUGGCUCUGAAAAUGGGAGAAGAAAUUCUGGGUUAGUGACUGUCAACAAUUUUUUUGAUCUCAACGACUUCUCAUUCACUAAAGUGACAAUGAAGCUCUUGGUAUCUGAUGAUGGCAAUAUUAUCACUGGUUUUCAAUUUAAACUUUUGUUAAUGCCAUUCGAAGAGAUGUUGGAGUACAAGGACUAUAUUGAGAGUAUGAUGUUAAUAUUAUGGACACAAGGUUUGGCAUGUUCACUUCCCUUUGUCAGGGUUCUUCAUUGGUCAGAGACUCCAAUUGAGUCUGGUAAUUUCAAGCAACAUUUUGACUGUGAUCAUUAUUAUGAUUCCUACUUCUUUGGUGAGAGGAUCCAAAUGAAAAUGAAAAGUGGGGGAGUGAAAAAGAUAGCACAAAGCGGAGUAAGCGAUGUUGUGGUUGAUGAAUAUGAUGAAGAAGAAGAAGAAGAUGAUGAUGAUGAAUGUUGCAGCAACGAUGAUGUGAAUAAUACCUUAACAAGAGUUCUAAACGACGUCACUCGCUGGUCAUUGUUGACACAAGUGUCAUUAAAGAAGAGUGAUAUUAUUGGAAGUGCAGGUUGGAGCAUUCCUGAAGUUUGGAUUUUGAGGUCACUUGCAGGAUUUGAACGCUGUGAAGGGCUUCAAACUCUGAAGGAUAUAACACUGUUUGGAUGUUCCAACCAGAGAUUGGUGUGGCCGUGA